UCACCGUGAGGAGACCGGCGACCGAGAGAUGGCGUCUCCGCGGACUGUUACUAUCGUCGCCCUGUCUGUAGCGCUCGGCCUUUUCUUUGUUUUCAUGGGCACAAUCAAGCUGACUCCACGACUCAGCAAGGAUGCGUACGGCGAGAUGAAGCGGGCAUAUAAAAGUUAUCUGAAGGCCCUGCCGGGACUAAAGAAGCUUGGCAUUACAUCUGUACUGUUAAGAAAAACCAUUGGAUCCUUAGAGCUUGCAUGUGGAAUUGUCCUCACUUUGGUCCCUGGACGUCCUAGAGAUGUUGCCAAUUUUGUCCUCCUUCUUCUGGUUCUUAUUGUUCUAUUUUUCCACCAGCUUGUUGGAGAUCCCUUGAAACGAUAUGCCCAUGCACUUGUUUUUGGUAUUCUCCUUACUUGUCGUCUGCUUGUUUCACACCAACCUGAAGAGGAAUUGCAUGACAAGAAGGCAAUGCAUGGUGAAAAUGGGGCUGUCCCCCGAGACCCCAAGAAAAUUAAGGUGUCAUAACCGUGAGAUUGAUUCUCUUCCUAACA